AUGGAUGGGAUUCGUAAUUGCGUGAUCAAGCUGAGGGAGAAUUCUCAAAAAAGAAGGGACAAGGUUUACAUUGGCUGUGGAGCUGGGUUUGGAGGUGACAGGCCCUUUGCAGCUCUUAAAUUGCUACAGAGGGUCAAAGAACUGAACUAUAUUGUGCUUGAAUGCCUAGCAGAGCGCACCCUUGCUGAACGGUAUCAAGUUAUGGUGUCAGGUGGUGAUGGUUAUGACUCUAGGAUUUCUGACUGGAUGCGCUUGCUCCUACCUUUGGCUGUUGAGAGAGGAACUUGCAUAAUCACCAACAUGGGUGCAAUGGAUCCGCAUGGGGCACAGGAAAAGGUUAUAGAAAUAUCCAGCAGCUUGGGGCUUAGUGUUUCUGUUGCUGUGGCUCAUGAGAUUACUGUUGCAAACACAGGUUCAGGAUCGUCUCAUGAGAAGUCAUAUAUCAUGGAAGGUGGUAUUAGCACGUAUUUGGGAGCAGCUCCAAUUGUUGAAUGUCUGGAAAAGUAUCAACCAAACGUAAUAAUUACUUCAAGGGUUGCAGAUGCUGCCUUAUUUUUAGCACCUAUGAUCUAUGAACUCGGUUGGAACUGGGAUAGUUUGGAGCAGCUAGCACAAGGGUCUUUGGCUGGCCAUCUUCUAGAGUGUGGUUGUCAACUAACAGGAGGCUACUUCAUGCACCCAGGAGACAAGUCUCGAAAUAUGUCUUCCUCUCAACUCCUGGAUUUGUCACUCCCUUAUGCUGAAAUAAGCUCUGAUGGAAAAGUAUUUGUAGCGAAGGCAGAGGGCACUGGUGGGGUUUUAAAUUUCAGUACUUGUGCUGAACAACUUCUUUAUGAGGUUGGGGAUCCAGGUGCUUAUAUCACUCCUGAUGUGAUAAUUGAUAUUCGGGAUGUUUCAUUCUACCCCUUAUCAAGUUGUAAGGUUCUCUGUGCUGGAGCAAAACCAUCUGCAGUAUCAGUGCCUGAUAAACUUCUACGGUUGGUACCGAAGGACUAUGGUUGGAAAGGAUGGGGAGAAAUAUCCUAUGGGGGAUACGAAUGUGUUAAACGUGCUAAAGCUGCUGAGUUUCUGGUUAGAUCAUGGAUGGAAGAAGUAAUUCCUGGAGUUAGCAGCCAUGUAGUUUCUUAUAUAAUUGGGCUUGAUAGCCUGAAGGCAACCAGUCUUAGUGACAGUGCUUCAUCUCAGAUGGUUAGCGAUAUUAGGCUACGCAUGGAUGGGUUAUUCAAGCUGAAGGAACACGCAGUCCAUUUUGUUAGAGAGUUCACUGCUUUAUAUACAAAUGGACCAGCUGGUGGUGGUGGUAUCAGCACCGGACACAAGAAAGAGAUCAUCCUUGAAAAAUAUCUGGUCAAGCGUGAACAUGUACUCUGGCAGACAGCAGUAAAGCACACCACAGCAUUAACAUCAAAUAUCUGUCUUCCGCAUGAGUCUGGAUUGUCAAUUACACAAGCAAAUGAAGUUCAAUCUUCUACCAAUUCUGAUAGUCCAUUUAUUGGAAGUGCAAUCUCUCCUGCUCCAUCUGGCCACAAGAUUCCACUCUAUGAUGUAGCACAUGUCCGAGCUGGAGACAAAGGAAAUGACUUGAAUUUUUCCAUCAUCCCGCAUUUUCCUCCAGAUAUAGAGAGGUUAAAGUCAAUCAUAACACCCCAGUGGGUAAAGAAAGUAGUCUCAGCCCUUCUGAAUUCCUCUCCAUUCCCGGACAUGGAUGCUAUCAAUGAAAGAGACAAAUGGGUCAAUGAAAAUGUAAAGGUGGAAAUUUAUGAAGUUAAGGGAAUCCGAUCUUUAAAUGUUGUGGUUCGGGACAUUCUUGAUGGCGGUGUGAACUGCUCUAGAAGGAUUGACCGGCACGGAAAGACCAUCUCAGAUCUCAUACUAUGCCAGCAAGUUCUAUUGCCUCCAUGGCUAGGUCGUUCAAAUACUCUUAUAGCAUGA